ACCGAAAUUCGCUUCCUAACCAAGCGUAUUCAUGGUCGGUGUACUGACACUCUCUCAACUGAACACCUCAAUUAGCACCACCACGAAGUGUGCAAGUAAUGAAGCUUCCACUCAAUCUAGGCUCAAAUGCUAGAGCUUUACCUUCAUUUAGUCAUGAACUAAAGUCAUACUUAAGAUCAAAAAAGUUUUUCUCAACGAAUGGAGUUGAAGAAAGUCCCAUUCGUUCACAAGAACUAGACAAUGGAAUUACCUACGUUACAGACCCGCGACCGGGUCAUUUUACAGGCCUUGGCGUAUAUGUUAAUGCAGGAUCUCGUUAUGAAACAAAAGAAUUGACAGGAAUUAGUCACUUUAUGGAUCGACUUGCUUUUCAGGGAACAAAAUACACAUCGGUAGAAGAUAUGAAAACCAAACUUGAAAUUCUUGGCGGUAACUAUAUGUGUGCUACUAGCCGAGAGUCUAUGAUUUAUCAAACGGCUGUAUUCAAUGAAGAUUUCAAAAAAAUGGCAAAACUUUUAUCAGAAACCGUCCUUUAUCCUGACAUAACAGAAGACAGUCUUAUGCAUUAUCGUGACAGCAUUAACUACGAGAAUUCAGAACUUUGGACGAAGCCUGAUGCUCUUUUGGGUGAGUUGGCUCAUGUCACUGCCUUUAAAAACAACACUCUUGGUAACUCCUUGCUUUGUCCACCUGAAAGAGCGUCCUCUGUGACGGCAGAUAGCAUCCAACGUUAUUUACAACACUUUUAUCACCCAAAAAAUAUGACACUUGCUUACUCUGGUAUUUCGGAGGAAGUCGCUCGAGACAUAACUCAGGAAUUAUAUGGUCAUCUACCAAAGUCAACUCAACCCCAAGUUUUCACGGAAUACUCCCAUUACACUGGUGGAAGCAUGUCUAUCAAUAAGAAGGAAGCCCCUUUAGUUCCCUACCAACAGGAGUUUUCCCAUGUAUUGAUAGCAAUGGAGGGACUAUCAGUCACUGAUCCCGAUAUUUAUGCAUUAGCUUGUCUUCAAUUCUUGUUAGGAGGUGGAGGAUCAUUUAGUGCUGGAGGUCCUGGAAAAGGUAUGUAUUCUCGUUUGUAUUUAGACGUUUUGAACCAAUAUCCCUGGGUUGAGACUUGUAUGGCUUUUAAUCACAGCUAUACCGAUAGUGGUCUUUUUGGUAUCUUUAUCACAAUUUUAGACGACGCUUCUCAUUUGGCAGCUCCAAUUAUCAUUCGCGAACUUUGCAGCAUUGCUAUGUCUAUUAGCAAAGAAGAAGCAGAAAGGGCUAAAAAUCAACUUCGUAGUUCUUUGCUUAUGAACUUGGAAAGCAGAAUGAUUUCCCUUGAAGAUUUGGGACGUCAAGUCCAAACCCAGAACGGCGUUUAUAUUUCUCCCAAAGAAAUGUGUGAACGGAUAGAAAGUUUAACUCCUGCCGACUUGACGAGAGUUGCUCGAAGAGUUUUGACCGGCAAUGUAAACAACCUUGGCAAAGGAACUGGAAAACCCACUAUUUUGACUCAUGGCAACGAAAACCAAGUUGAUGAUAUAUUAUCACUUUGCAAGAAGGCAGGGCUUGGUAAAUAAACCCGAAGUACUAUGGAAUUACACUUCUAUUAAUGUUUCAUCAUUCUUGGUCCAUUUUUGGUGGUUUUGUUUUUCGAAUUCAAAAUGUUAAAUCAAAUAUAAUCUUUCUAAAAAACUACUUCAAAUUGACUCAGGCAUGUUCUGCUGAGGUUGGGUUCCCAACUGUGUUAGAAAGAACACUGAAAAAUUGUAUUACAUAGCAUCGCAUCUCAUAUCUUUUGAUUACUUGGUAAUGAAAAAACAAAGAGUUUUUGUAUAUUUCCGCUUUAACAAAAGACUGUUCCUUAUGAUUAUGUUUUUGUUUAUACUAAAGAAAUAAACUUUGAUGUAUGCUUCAGUUCGUUAUUUAGAUUAGCAUACUACUGCGAUGGUAUCA